AUGCAGGAAAUCACGGAUGCUUUCAUCGUGGGCGGCGGACCAGCUGGCCUCGGGGCCGCUUUGGGACUCUGUCGCCAGAACCACAGCGUCGUCCUGUUCGACAGCGCCUCCUACCGCAACAGUAGCAGCAAUGUGUCUGACCUGCGGAUGCACAUGGUGCUCACGUGGGACCAUCAGCGCCCGGACGAUUUCCGGGCGGCAGCACGAUCCGAGCUGCAGCGGUACGAACGGUUCCAAUAUGUGCCGGCCGAAGUGCGGUCUGUCCAGCAGACGAUGCGCACCGUCAGCGGUGGACGGUCGGAAUUGGUGUUCGUGGCGGUGUUGGCGGAUGGGAAGGAAUGGAUAGCGCGUAAAGUCAUCCUGGCCACCGGGGUCAAGGAUAUCUUCCCGAAGAUUGAGGGUUUCGCCGAGUCUUGGGCCAGGGGGAUUGAACUGACGCCAUCCUCCAGUUUCCAUUGUCUUUUCUGCCAUGGGUUCGAAGAGCGGAAUGCCGAGUCCGUCGGCGUCCUAGCGGUGGAUGAGUGCGCCGAUAUGCCCACAGCUCUACGGAUCGCCCGCGCGGCCCAUCAGUUUUCAGAGUCGGUCACCAUCUACACCAAUGGGAACGCACAGCUCGGCGCCAGGCUUGCCCAGAAGGUCGCAAAGGACAAAUGGUGUAGGGUCAACAAACUCAGCAUCAAGCGACUUGUCGCGCUGGAGACGACAGCUUCUUCCCCGGCUGCGAUGGAACUUGAGUUUACGGAUGGGACAGUACAGAAGGAGCAUUUCAUUGUUCAUAAACCUCGAACGCAGCAAGCGAGCGCGAUCCCGGCACAGCUCGGCCUGGAAAUGACACCGGAUGCGGACAUCAAAGUCGUCGGUAUGAUGUUCGAGACGUCUAUGCAUGGUGUGUUUGCGGUUGGUGACUGCGCCUCUCCGCACAAGUUCGUGAGUUAUGCGACCAUUGCGGGAGGGUUCGCCGCUGCGGGAGCUGCCACUCAGUUGCAGGCAGGGUAUUAG